AUGCUUGUUUCUUUAAGCUCCUACAUUUCUUUCUUUUCUUUCUUUCUUUCUUUCUUUCUUUCUUUCUUUCUUUCUUUCUUAGCCUCCUUCUCCAUAUAUGUUUGUUUCUUUAAGCUCCUACAUUUCUUUCUUUCUUUCUUUCUUUCUUUCUUUCUUUCUUUCUUUCUUUCUUUCUUUUCCUCCUUCUCCAUAUAUGCUUCUCCUACAUUUCUUUUCUUUCUUUCUUUCUUUCUUUUUUCUUUCUUUCUUUCUUUCUUUCUUUCUUUCUUUUCUUUCUUUCUAUAUGCUUGCCUCCUUCUCCUACAUUUCUUUCUUUCUUUCUUUCUUUCUUUCUUUCUUUCUUUCUUUUCUUUUUCUUUCUUUCCUUUCUUUCUUUCUUUUAGCUCUACAUUUCUUUUCUUUCUUUUCUUUCUUUCUUUUUUCUUUCUUUUCCAUAUAUGCUUCUUUCUUUUUUUCUCCUACAUUUCUUUCUUUCUUUCUUUUUUCUUUCUUUCUUUCUUAGCCUCCUUCUCCAUAUAUGCUUCUCCUACAUUUCUUUCUUUUUCUUUCUUUCUUUCUUUCUUUCUUUUUUCUUUCUUUCUUUCUUUUUCUUUCUUUUUCUUUCUUUUCUUUCUUUCUUUCUUUCUUUCUUUUCCUCCUUCUCUUUCUUUCUUUCUUAGCCUUUCUUUAAGCUCCUUUUCCUUUUCUUUCUUUCUUUCUUUCUUUCUUUCUUUCUUUCUUUCUUUCUUUCUUUCUUUCUUAGCCUCCUUCUCCUUAUAUUUUUCCUACAUUUCUUUCUUUCUUUCUUUCUUUCUUUUCUUUCUUUCUUUCUUUCUUUCUUUCUUAGCCUCCUUCUCCAUAUAUGCUUCUCCUACAUUUCUUUCUUUCUUUCUUUCUUUCUUUCUUUCUUUCUUUCUUUCUUUUCUUUCCUUCUCCAUUUCUUUCUUGCCUUCUUUAAGCUCCUACAUUUCUUUCUUUCUUUCUUUCUUUCUUUCUUUCUUUCUUUCUUUCUUUUUCUUAGCCUCCUUCUUCUCCAUAUAUACUUCUCCUCCAUUUCUUUCUUUCUUUCUUUCUUUCUUUCUUUCUUUCUUUCUUUUUUCUUUCUUUCUUAGCCUCCCUUCUCCAUAUAUGCUUCUCCUACAUUUUUUCUUUCUUUUCUUUCUUUCUUUCUUUCUUUUCUUUCUUUUCUUUCUUUCUUUCUUAGCCUCCUUCUCCAUAUAUUCUUGUUUCUUUAAGCUCCUACAUUUCUUUCUUUCUUUCUUUCUUUCUUUCUUUCUUUCUUUCUUUCUUUCUUUCUUUCUUUCUUUCUUAGCCUCCUUCUCCAUAUAUGCUUGUUUCUUUAAGCUCCUACAUUUCUUUCUUUCUUUCUUUCUUUCUUUCUUUCUUUCUUUCUUUCUUUCCUUCUUCUCCUCCUUUUCCAUAUAUUUUCCUUCCUUCUCCAUAUAUAUACUUGUUUCUUUAAGUUCCUCUUUCUUUCUUUCUUUCUUUCUUUUUUCUUUCUUUCUUUCUUUCUUUCUUUCUUUUCUUUCUUUCUUUCUUUCUUUCUUUUUUCUUUUCUUUCUUCUUUCUUUCUUUCUUUCUUUUCUUUCUUUCUUUCUUAGCUCCUUCUCCAUUUCUUUUUCUUUCUUUCAUUUCUUUCUUCUUUCUUUCUUUCUUUCUUUCUUAGCCUUUUUCUCCAUUUCCUUUCUUUCUUUCUUUAAAGUUCCUACAUUCUUUCUUUUCUUUCUUUCUUUCUCUUUCUUUUUCUUUCUUUCUUUCUUUCUUUCUUUCUUUCUUUCUUUCCUUUCUUUUUCUUUCUUUCUUUCCUAA